AUGAACUCCCAUCUUCUAGAAAAUGCUCCCAUUGGCUGUAGUAGGUAUCUCACCUACGUCAAUCAGGUCCUACUCCUGGCCUUCACGUUGAAGCUGUUUAAACUAACAGGAGAAGGCGAAGACGAAUACACCCAUUCAUGGAAAGGCUAUGGGAGUAAACCCAAACAGAAAAUCGCUAGCACCUACAUCAUCACGUCGCAGUUCGUUGUGUUUGCUGACACCGAGAGGUGUGGUGCUGUGCGAGAUAUGAAAAAGAGGUGUGAUGUCCAAAUGCCCAUGGACAUUAGGACAUUGUUAGAUCUCACAUCCUACUUAACUAUUUCUAGGAGCGUUAACCAGGGUACAGCGGGGGUGUAUAUGGAGGGGCACAUAUCCAUGUGUAAGAUGUCCAUGCACUCGGCUGUGCCCUGA